UAGGGAGAGGAAAGUGAGAGACGAUGAGCCUAACCUCACGCCUAUCUCUGACACCCGCUCGCUCACCACGGCGCCUAGAAGGGGACAAGGCCGCCUGUGCCCAGGGGCUUGUGCUUGUGCUUGUCUGACCGUGGGCCUUGUGGUGUUGGACACGCUCAACCAUCCGAUCCAAACGGGCAUCUCAUCAACUCAGCAACUCCCCAGUCUCGGUCCAUCCUCAUCUCAACGCCACGCCACGCAACUCAAACCCAGUCACUCACUCACUCACUCCCUCUCUCCCUCCCUCGCUCAACCAUCUCACUUCUCACCUCGCACAAUCCCACAAAUAUCCCCCCUCCUGAUUUCUAAUAACUGCUCCCGUCGUCGCCGCCGCCGCCGUCGUCUUCAUCACCCCAUCAUGAAUGCGGUGGAUGCAUCCGAGCACUUUGACAAACCAUCCUACUCAACAGAACAAUCCCCCUCGCUCCUCGCCGUCAUCCUCGACACCAACCCAGCAGCAUGGUCACUACUCUCCUCCACCCUCCCUCUGUCCAGCGCCGUCGCCAAUCUUCUUGUCUUCAUCAACGCCCACCUGGCCGCAAACUAUACCAACAAGGUUGCCGUCAUCGCCUCUCAUUGCGACAAAGCCACAUGGCUCUAUCCAAGUCCGACCGAACAAAAACUUCCUCGCUCCGCCUCGGCUCGAGCAAAGCGACACCCUCAAGAUCCAUCUCGAGGCGACAACCUCUCCGACUCCACCAAAAGGCUGAAACUUAACGGGCCGACGGGGGAUGCUCCUGUCAAAUCCUCCGCGAACACCGGCAGCAAAUACCGGCCCUUCCGCCUCGUCGAGGAGGAGGUCCUUCGCAAUCUGACCUCGCUGCUUUCCGGCACCUCUCCAGAUGCCGUCGCCAGCAGUUCAUCAACCAUGAUCGCGGGGGCCCUCACCCUGGCGCUCUCCUACAUCAACCGGGAGUCCAUCCUGCUCACCGAAUCUCUGGUCGGAUCGACAAAUGCCAGCAGUGGUAGUGUCAGAGACCCGACGGCCGCGGUGGCCGGAGAAGGGGCAACUCAGUCCCUUCAAUCACGCAUUCUCCUCAUCUCAGCAUCCCCCUCGACCGACCUGGCUCACCAAUACAUACCCAUCAUGAACGCCAUAUUCGCCUGCCAGCGGCUCUCCAUCCCCAUUGAUAUAUUGCAACUUCCUCUCCCCACCUCGUCCCGCUCCUCCAUGCCCUCCACCGCCACAACGACUUCUUCUACCACCGACCCAUCCUCGUCCAAGACGACCUCGACCCGCUCCCACGCGCACUCAAACUCGACCGUCUUCCUCCAACAAGCCGCCGACGCGACCCACGGCAUCUUCAUCCCCGCCCAUCUCACCUCCUCCAGCUCCCCCAACUCGUCCAGCCCGGCCAAGACGGCGUCCCAGUCCCUCCUGACCUACCUGCUGACCAGCUUCCUGUCCAGCCCCCUGACCCGCUCCGCACACUUGAUCCUCCCCACCCGCAUCGACGUCGACUUCCGCGCCGCCUGCUUCUGCCACCGCAACGUCGUCUCCGUCGGCUUCGUCUGCUCCAUCUGCCUGAGCAUCUUCUGUGAGCCGCCCGAGAACGGCGACUGCCUGACCUGCGGCACCCAUCUCGCUGUAGACGAGGGAGGCUAUGGGAAGACGCCUGUGGUCGUAGCCUCGAAGUCCAAGAAGAAGAAGCCGCAGCAGCGGCAGCAGCAGCAGCAGCGGAUGACCGUAAGGCAAUAACCUUGGCAUCCAGUGCCCACAAGUGUAACAAUAGAGAGACCCCUCACCAGAAUUGGGUCCGCAAUCAACGUCCACAAAAGUUAUAACGAUAAGUAGAUUCGGGGAAUUUCAUCUCACGCGCACAGAAAGGCAGUGCUGGUCUGGAACAGGGUUUAGGAUUGUUCGUCUAUCAAUAUGAGACUCUAGGGCACCUUGAAGUUUCAAGGCUCAAGCAAGAAAAAGGCCAUAAAUAUGCCCGCCUCCAUUCGACCCGUUUUCCCCCCUCAAUCCUUUGGCCUUCCUUCCAGCUCUGCGACCCGCCAUCAUGUCCCAUUGCAGCGUCCUCAUGUCCACCCUGCCCAUCGGGGCGGCUAGCACCUGUGUUGCAUGGUGACUUUUUCGAAAGGCC